AUGGACCGCGACACCCUGCCUGGUAUUACCAAGGAGCUGACAAAUGACUUCGUCAAGACCGGGCGGUUUCUAGCUCUAUGGCUGAAGGGCUUGAAUCGGUUGGUAAAAGUCUUGAUCUUCAAGGCACCCGAAAUCACCGUAGUGGGUCUGCCGUCGCAGCAAUGGAAGCUUACAGUCACGAUAUUCCACGGUAUUCCGAGUUAG